AUUCCAUAAAAUUUUCUUCCUCUUCACAAUGUCAUACUUAGAAAAAACUGUCUAUAAUUACUGGAAUUUUGAAGAAGCCAUUGAGGCCAAGCGUGCUGAAAAAGGAAUUUGCUCUUUGGAGAGUGCGUUUGAUGCAUUAAAAAGUGAGUUAGAUUUUUACACUAAUGACAAAGCGAGCAAAUGGAAACAAGAUUGGAAAACUAUGAAAAAAAACUAUCUUGCUCAAAUACCACCACACAUGACUGAGUCGUGUCGAACCUCAUCGUCAGAACCUUCAAAUUAUGCAACGCUCCAUUAAUAAUUCUGUGAACAGCUUCAAAGGCAUAAUAUACACUUCUCCAGUACUUCAAUCUUCGCGUAAGAAGUCAACCCAGCGUCAAAAUAAUGAUAAGCAAUCGUUCGAUGUGAAUUAUAAGCGUGUUCUUCCUGCAGAUAGUCUUGCUAUUGACGGAAAAGUAGUUUUAGAAAAGUGGGUAGAAUAUCAAGUUCUGGUUGCCAAAAAAUAUCGUCAAACCAGUUUACUGGUAGAAACAGACGCACAAGAUAUCCUAGCAUUAGACAAUAUUAUGCUUUUAAAGAAAGACCAGAUAAGCGAAGAUAUGAAAAAUGUUUUAGAAGCUGAUAUGAUUCAAAGCUUGACAAAACACGUCCAAAUAAAAUAUAACAUUGAGAGUGAAACACUUGAUGUAAAUUUGGAAAGAGAGUUGAAAUUGAUUGCAAAGGAUUUUAACGAAAGAAAAAUUGGAUCAAGACAAGCUUCUAAACGUAUUAUGUUGUCAACUUCAGAAAACGUUGAUACUGCUGUCGAUUCCAUUUUGAUUGGUCUAAGAAACCUUACGGAAAGAAUACCAAUAACAAAAUUUACUGGAAAAAUCCAAGAAAGAACAUUGUGUGGAACUUACGUUGAUUCUAUUUUUCGCACUAUCAUUGAAGAUCCUGAUUCAGGAAAGCAAUCUUCAUGGUGUGAUAUUCAGAUAAACAGUUCAACUCAAAGACCAGACUUUGUAGGAAGAAUAUUGAACAAUGUUGUUUGGAAUGGCCCUGUUACUGUGGAUAAAGUAAAGGGAGAAGAUACAAAAGACGAUAUAUAUGCGAGUCUUUUGGACUUAAUUAGAAUUGGUCGAUUUUCUAAACAAUCCAUUGACAACAAUUUCUAUGAAGGAGUGAUUGGUGUUCAUGCUGUUGGCUUGAUUGUGACAGUUUACUAUACUUGUUUGCUUGACUCUGGACUUUAUGUAAUGAUUGAAAUUUGUAGCAUAAGUAUGCCUAGAGAUGCUAUUCAACUCAGAGCAUAUGUUGCCACUUGUGAAGACCUUUUAUCUGUUCACCAUUUAUACAAGAAUCAUUGUAGAUUAGCAAAUGAUAUUCCUAAUUUAAAGGCAAACAUGCGUGCAGGUAUGAAUGAGGAGAUGUUUAGAGAUCUUAUUAGCAGCACAAAAAAUAGAAAGCGACUUUGUCCAUUCACAGUCAAUCAAUAACUUGUGU